GUGCUUGCAUCGCUCUCCCAGAAUCCCCCGCGGUCUCCACAUUUGGGUUUUGAGCUGUUCGUGUCAAAUCAAGAUGUCACUGCACCGUCUCUUCCACCUCUCCUCUCUCCUGCGCUCGGCCGUGAGCCUCACCCUGCGCAGGAACAUCGGCCUCUCCGCUGUCGUCUUCAACAAGGCCAAAGACAUGGACCCGGUGCAGAAACUCUUCCUCGACAAGAUCCGGGACUACACCAACAAGAGCAAGGCGGCUGGUGGUGUCGUCGAAGCUGGACCUGCUUUUCAGAAAAACAUGACGGAGGAAGUGUCCAAACUGCAGCGGCUCUACGGAGGCGGAGAUUUCAACAAGUUCCCUGAUUUCAAAUUCACAGAUCCCAAGUUGGACGAAGUGCCCAAGUGAACUGUCCAUGUUGUAAAUUGAUGAUUCCUCGUAACAAAUUUGUUGUAUUUAAUAAAAAGGUUUAAAUGUUCCACCACA